AAAAUGAAUGAGUAAGACGUUCGUAAUGGUUAGGGGGCUUGUUCAUUAAUACAAGGCUUUUAUUAAACUGUGCAGACCACGCUGAUUUGAUACACAGGAUUUGACAAUUACCAUGAUGACGGAGAAAGAUGAGGAGAGAAAAUUAGAGGAAAAGUUAAAAGAGUUGGAAGAUGAUUCUGGGUUCAACCAGCCAAUGGAGACAGGGGCCCUCAUUCCAGAUCCAGAGAAAAAUAACAAGAAGAAUCUGGUCUUUGACGAAGAACGCUUCGAGGACACUUUCUUGAAGUGCUUGAUUUGUAGGGAAACUUUUGACGAGGAUGAAAAGAUACCCAAAAUGCUUCCUUGUCAUCAUACAUUUUGCCUGGACUGUCUGAAGCAAAUGUUCCGAGUGGAGGGCGAGUUUCGCCGUAAUCUCACGUCAGCGUUUCGUAGCAUGCCCGUGGCAGUUAAAAUUUCGUGCCCAACUUGUCGUGAGGGACUGAUUGCGUCAGAGGCUGAAAUUUUACGGUUACCUAACGAUCAUACAGUGAGGGAAUUAAUUGCGUUUGUCAGAUGUACGGGGAAGUCUGAUGUAGCUUACUGUAAGAAACACCAAAUGCAGCCUCUGAAUUUCUUCUGCGAGCCCUGUAUUGCCCCUGUGUGUCGAGACUGUACAGUGAUUGACCAUAAAGAGAAAAAUGGACACAUUGUCAUGAACGUUGAGGAAGCCCUGCAGAAGUACGUACCGGUUCUAGAUGAAACACUGACAGAGAUGGAAAGCGAAGAGAAGGUCCUGCAUGACAAACGAAUGGCUUUGGAGAAGGCAUCGGACAACCUAGAACAGAUUCAAAAGGAGCUGGGAGUACAGAUCAGACAGACGUUUGAUCGAAUCCGUGACGCAAUUGAUGAACGUGAAAGAGAACUUUACUCAGCAGCGGAACACGAGAUCGAUAAAAAGCGACAGGAGAUUUCUGAUCAGUUAGAACUAGCUUUAAAUCGUGAGGAAACUUUCAAAUCUGAGAGGAUGAAGUUACAGAAUGCCAAAGAUAACAAAAACAUUUCCGCAAUGUUUUCAAACCAUCAGUCAGCACGUGAAGCUCUGAUGGAAAAGGUAACAGUGCAGGGUCCUUCUCGGUCAAUACGAGACUUUGCCGUGAGUUUUCAGUUUAACAGUCGACAGGAAAACAACAUAAGACAUUACAUAUCUAAUUUUGGUGACGUCACUUUUAAAAAUGCAAAACCGGAUGGAUAUGAAUUCCACGCGCGCGCAGUCAAUCAAAUCGUACCAGACGACAAAGAAAAUGGAGUGAAACCAUCGUAUAGCAAAUCCCCGCCCUGGAUAUAUAAACACGGGGCAGGUUUACAGAGAAUAAACAGAAGUGACACCAUCACAAACAUGGCGUCUGUUAUAGCAGAAUCCUCCAAGGUUGUUUCGCCAAUACGAAAAAGAACGGCGUCAGAAGAAGCCACAUUGCAGUCUUUACGGACAGAGUUCGACUUUGAACAGAAAAGGAAACUGCUAAAGGAUCAACGGAACAUUAUUGUAGACGAAGACAGUUUCAUAGAGACAUUCCUCAAAUGUCUUAUCUGCCGAGAGCUGUAUGACGACAUAGAUCGUCCUCCGAAACUCUUACACUGCCAUCAUUCCCUUUGUCUCCAGUGCAUUCUUCUUAUUUUUCAAAAAGAGGCUGAGUACAGGAAGAGCCUCACUCCUGCGUAUAGUGAACUUCCUACUGCCGUAACUAUCAUCUGUCCCACGUGUCGUACUAACUUCAUCAUCACCCAGGACGGGAUAAGGGAACUCCCAACUGACCACAGAAUCAUUCAGCUUAUCGACUUUAUAAGCCAUACUGAAAGAUACACGACCGAUUUCUGUCCACAGCACAGAUUUCAACCAAUCAAUUUCUUUUGUGAGCUUUGUACUACGUACAUUUGUCGAGACUGCACCAUUGUAGAUCACCAGGAGGCUCUAGGACACACUGUAGUAGAUUUUGAAAGUGCCAUAAAGAAAUACAUUCCAGUUCUUGAUAAAGCAGUAAAAGAAAUGGAUUCAGAAAAAGAAGCUAUCAAGAAGAAACAAAAAGCAGUAGAGGAUACGAUAGAAAAUCUCGACAAGGAAGAAAACAGGGUGUCAGAUGAAAUUAAAGAAUCAUUUGCUAAACUUAGAAAGAUUUUGGAGGAGAGAGAACAAGAAGUUCUCCAAAUGGCGAAGAGAGAGGUGGGAAACGAGAAAAAUAAACUGAAAGAGAAACUUUCUGAAAUGGAGAAACGAACUGAAGAGUUAGACCAAAAUAUCAAUGACAUAGAAGAAACAAAAGAGGAGGGGAAACUGGAAAAUCUGUACAAAUCAUAUCGAACAUAUUCUGGGUACAGAUCCGAACCCGUCAUCAAAGUGAAGGAGAUUGAUGAAGGAGUGGUGGCAAAGUUUUCCUUCAAUAGCAGAGACGAGAACAUCAUCUCCAACAAGCUCCAGAACUACGGCGACGUCUCGUCAUAUACAGAGUCGGUCUACACACGUUCAACUCCUGGUGGUAUCAGUAGAUCCGAGGAUCGGUACGGGAGUUCCAGGUACACCACGCAUAGUGAGAGCAGAUAUUCGUCAGGAUCAUCGUCAUCGUCGUCAGCCUACACACCACGUUACUCAUCGUCGUCGUACAACAGGUACUCCUACAGAACGUAAAAUUCAGGAAAUUUCCAUUGCGUAGGAUAUAUUGUUUACACCCAGUAUGCAUUUAGAAUACAGUAAUAAAUCAUUAAUAUUUUCUUUAUUGAUCUUGCUACUUUUUAAAUAUUGUAUAAAUGGUAAUAGCAUAUUGGUUAUGGACAUUUACUUUAUGCUAUGGUAAUCUGCCUUUGAUAAUUAUACGUGCCACACUAUUACUAUGCCAAUGAUAUACAUGUACGUUUAUAUUGAUAAAUAUAUAUAAUAUGUAAUUGUAGCUGCUUGAUAUUAAAGCAUAAUACAAACAU